CCCACCCCUUCUGUCUUUCCUUCGUUUUGUUUUUCCUCGUCAUGAGCAGUCGUCGUCUUCUAUCUCAACUGGUUUCUGUCCGCAUUAGCUCUUCUGUUCUCCAUAAACCCUUGUGGUAUUCUUCUCGUGUCGCAGUCACCAGCCCCACCAGCACCAUCACCACCACCACUGUUUCGAAGAUCAGACUCCCUUACCGGGUCCAGCAUUUCACCACCACGCGCGCUAUGGAAGCUAUCGCUGACGCGGGUGGGGCUCCCUACAGCUCACUGGCAGGCCAGCUUGACCCCUCACUCCUCAAAGCCAUUGAUAUGUUGGGCUUCGACCAUAUGACUCCCGUGCAGCACCGUGUCAUGACUGAACUGCAGCCCGACGGCUGGCGUAGUGACUGCCUGGUCCAAGCCAAGACCGGCACGGGCAAGACGGUCGCCUUCCUCCUGCCCGCCUUGCACCGACUGGUGAAGGGCGAUAUCGCCGUCGCUAGGGGCCAGGUCGCCGUGCUCAUCAUCACCCCCACACGCGAAUUGGCGCAGCAGAUUGCCAAAACGUGUGACCAACUGACCUCCCAAUUGACGGGCCGCGACAGGAUCGAGUGCCACGUCGCCGUUGGCGGCACAGCCAAGGCCACUGCCCUGCGCAAGUUCCACAGCGGCGACCCCAAGGUUCUCGUCGCCACCCCGGGCCGUUUGAAGGAUUAUCUGGGCGAUGAAGAAUGCGCCCUCAAGUUGAAGGACGUCAAGACCGCUGUACUUGACGAGGCUGACACCAUGCUCGAGGUCGGCUUCUUGCCAGAUGUCAAGUGGAUUCUUCGCAAACUCCCCCCUAAGGAGGUUGCCAAGUGGCAGGGAAUGUGCUUCAGUGCGACGCUGCCGGACAAGGUCAAAGACGUGGUUGGCGUCGUGCUUGGCAAGAACUAUCAUCAUAUCUCGACGAUCGAUCAGAAUGAGUCACCCACGCACGAGAGGGUGCCGCAGUAUGCGGUGGUCGUGCCCGACGUGGCGCAGACGUUCACCGGCUUGCAGGCCCUGCUACAGGAGGAGAUGCGACCGGGCGAGGGCGCCAAAAAAGUAAUUGUGUUUGGCGCGACCGCAAACUUAGUGGGAUUCAUGUACGAUCUGUUCAAGGAGUUGAUGCCGCGGAGCCAGGUGUUUGAGAUGCAUUCAAGGAUGUCCCAGGCGGCGCGCACGCGGACGACGCAGCAGUUCAAGGAAGCUAAGACCGGCGUCAUGUUCGCCAGUGAUGUCGUCGGGCGCGGCAUGGACUUCCCCAACGUCGAUUUGGUGGUGCAAGUCGGUCUGCCGGCCGAUCCGGAGCAGUAUGUACACCGAGUGGGCCGCACAGCACGUGCCGGCAACGAUGGCCGCGCCGUCAUCUUGCUCACCAAGCGCGAAUCCUUCUUCAUCAACGCCAAUGCGCACAAAUUUCCCAUUAAGCCGCACCCGAAGACGGAGAGCCUCCUCGCCCAGGCCGGCGCCGAGUGGUCCCAGCCGUUCACCAAGGCCAUUUAUGCCGUCGACGAGAGCACUAAGGCGCGGGCCUACCAGUCGUUCAUCGGCUACCUGGCCGGCAGCGGCAAGACCAAGAAGCAGAUGCAGUUCGACAACCCCAGCCUUGUGCAGUAUUGCAAUGAGCUCGCCAUCAAAGGCAUGGGAUGUCCCGAGCAGCCCGGCAUUAAGAAGAGCACCAUCGCUAAGAUGGGGUUGAAGGGCGUUCCUGGCUUCAUUUACGCCUCCGAGGGCCACGGCGGCGACUCCCGGCCUCGCCGCGAGCACAAGCCCCGCGACGUGCUCAGUCCUGGCCAGAAUGGCGUGGAGAAGAACAGUGCCAACAAGAAGGAACCUUCCCGCAAGAGACGGGGUCCGAAGAGGGGCUAAGUUUUCUCUUCCUGUCUGUUCCUUCUCUCGGGUCUUCCUUGGUUUCGGUUGGGUUGCUUUUCUGUUCGAUUCCCCCGUGUUCCCAUAGACUUAACGAAGAGCUGCUGUGUUUGAAUAGCUUUUGUUCAUGCAUCCAUGGUUGAUAGAGUAUUUACAUUUCGGGGAUUUCAUGUUCAUUGCUAUCAGGUCAAUACAACUAAUGUGAUUGGUAUCAGAAG